AUGCCCUUGAUCACAAGCCUUGUCUCGUAUGAGUCGAACCUCCCACCAACAGCACCACUGACCUCCAAAUGCAGAACGAAGCAGCCUAUCAUGCCAGGCUUGGCCUCCACACGAUUUAACGAUCCUUGCCGCUACUGGGAUCUCUGGCACCACCCAGAGGACCUCGACUCUAUCAUUGCGUGCCUCAUGUGGCGGGACAAACAUCGUUUACGCGCUAUGGACAUCGCAGCUGCUCUGGCAUUCGUCCAGCCAGCAGAGUACUGGGGCAUGAGUGGGGAAGACGUCAUUAAGGUAUACUGCUACCUCCAGAGACACCAAAACAUCCCAGAAAAUCCAUUCGCCGAUUGGCAAAGCAUGCGGGACAUGAGAACGCACCCCCACUGGCGAUACUAUGUCAUCUGGGCAUCUUCCUGCAACGUUCGGCGAAUGCAGAACUUGCUGGACGAGUCACUCUUACCUAUGCACAAGCAACCAGAUAUGAGCAGCUACCAACAACCUCCUCUCAAUGUUUCCAAAGACAAGCCUACCGACACAGAAGCCUUCAGCCAGCCAGUCGCUAGCACACUGUCCCCGAAAGGUUGUCUGCCCGACACUCCCUAUACUUUACUCCUCAGCGAACCUCCUCCCUCGGCCUUCACGAUGCCCAGCAUCCACUCGAUCCGCCCAGAGGACGACGUCUGCGGGAAAUGGCCCGGUCUUUGGUCACAAGGACACCUCAUGGACUCUCUCAUCUGCUGCAUGAUGUUCCGAGACCUCCAUCACAUGGACGAGGACAGCAUCGCCUACGUGCUCGGGAUCAGCUACAGAGGAUGUGCGGGGAUGACGGGGCGAGACGUCGUGGAGCUUUAUGGAUUCUUGCAAGCCAAUCCGACCCUGCACAGCAACCCGAUCAAGUACUGGCUGGACAUCUUGAAUCGAAACGUGGAGAAACCCGACGGUCGGCGUUUGGUGACCUUGGCGAUCCUGAGGUUCGGCCGCAGAAGUCGUCCAAGGGAACGGUGA